AUGUACGUCGGCGCCGUGUGGGACCAGUGGAUGUGCGACAGGCAGGCGGAGCACAUCGAGAGGUUCACCGCGCUGCGCAAGGCGGAGGCGAAGGGGACGCUGAGUAAGAAAGCGCUAAGAAAGCUUCAGUACAAGCAAGCAAACUCGUACCGCCGCAAGACGAAGAAGACCCUUCACUUCGUCCUUACGCGCACGCCAGAAGACUUUCCAACCCCUCACAUCGGCGAAUGGCUGGAACUCGUCGGGCACGGGCUGACUGGGCAGUACCUAGACCUCCUCG